AUCGCCUAUGGUCAUAAUUCAACCCUCCCAUCUUCAGCUCGGACUCUCAUCCAAGCCGGUCUUAUUCGCUGACUCAGUGCCUUAAAACAGCAUUAUCUCCCAACUUGACCAGUCCUGCAACGUCCGCUGCUAAAGAGAAAAAGCCAUGGCCAAAACAGCAAUUGCAUACAAAGAGAAGAUGAAGGAGUUGUCUGUCCUCUCCCUCAUCUGCUCCUGCUUCUAUCCAGAGUCCCAGAAGCUUGUCUGUGAAUUUGAAGACAUGGAGGUGAAGCCUAUCAACAAGCGAGCAUCAGGCCAGGCCUUCGAGGUUAUCCUGAAGCCCCCCUCCCCAGUGUCAGAAAUGGCCCACAGCAUCACCAUGCCUCCCAAGAAGGAUAUCUCUCUGGAUGACAUCCAGAAGAAGCUGGAGGCUGCUGAGGACCGCCGAAGGUCCCAGGAGGCCCAGGUGCUGAAAGCCUUGGCGGAGAAGAGGGAGCACGAGAGGGAGGUGCUGCUGAAGGCCAUGGAGGAGAACAGCAACUUCAGCAAGAUGGCAGAGGAGAAGCUCACCCAGAAGAUGCUGCAGAUCAAGGAGAACCGCAAGGCCCAGCUGGCAGCCAUGCUGGAGCGUCUGCAGGAGAAGGAGAGACAUGCAGAGGUGGUGCGCAGGAACAAGGAGCUGAGGGAAGAGCUGACAGCGUGAGCCUCACCUCACCCUGACCUCAAUCAACAGCCCACGCCCUUCCAUCCCUCCCAAACCCUAGCCUCUCCAGAAAAGACCCAGAGCCCUAUAGGGAGGAGAAUUUCGCCACCACACUCUACCCCCUCAAUAUUUACACACACCCCUCUCUCAGUAUUAUCAGUGGAAAUGAAUGAAUUUCUUGAAUUUAAAGGGAACAAACAUUGCCGUUACUAUGUAAAUACUUGAUUUAUCUAUCUAUCUAUCUAUUGAUCAAUCGAUCUAUCUAUAUCUAUCGAUCUAUCAAUCUGAUUUCUCUCUCUUUUCUCUCUCUCUCUCUCUCUCUCUCUCUCUCUCUCUCUCUCUCUCUCUCUCUCUCUCUCUCUCUCUCUCUCUCUCUCCCUCUCGCUCUCUCUAUCUAUCUAUCUAUCAUGUGUGAAUGGUAGGUAGUGCAAACAAAUAGUUUAGUUGUACAGCCCUGUGCUAUUUCAAAUGUUUUGUUUGUUAUGCUCAAGCACUUGGUCUUUAAAUUUCAAUCUGCAGCAGUUUCUUGUGAAAGGCUUUGGUGUUGUGAAUUGGUCAUUAGCUGACGUUUACAGUGUUCCCUGAUGAUGUCAGUUUCUGUGUCUUUGUGAAGACUACAAAUGGGUGGAGUGCUCAGACUUUAGACUACUACAGACAUCACCGUAUCCCAUUUUAGCUCUGCACACACACCAAACACAUGCUAUCAACGCACAUAUCUGUGCUUAUCAAACUUGCAGAGUGAAAUAUCAACCCAUCCUGACAUGGGCUUGAUAAACAAUAGGUGCUUUAUUGUCUGGAAGAAUGUGUACCCCGGUCUACAGUAUUUGGAGAUGAAAUUUCCUGAAUGUUAUGUCAUCAUACUGGCAUGAUAAAUGACCUUUUAACCCAUGAAAUAUGCUGUUGCCCUUACCUUGAUAUUACGUAAUAGUGUGAACAGUGUGUCUGUGUGUGUGCGUGUGAUGGUAUUCUUCAGGUGGACUAUCAGUUGCAUAUUUUCCCUGUAUUAGUAAGAUAGAGAAUGACUGAAAUUAUUAUCCAUAUUCGGCACACUUAGUCAUUUAGAUUUUUUUAUAUGCCACAAUGAUCUGCCUGCUUCCCCUGCUGCCUGUAUUGGUCUCAUUCAUAUUUCCCUGCGAAAACUUUGCUGAAUAAGGGUUAGGGGUUCUGGUACAUGGCAUGCUCCAUCACAUACUUUUCUGUGCUGAAAGACAAGAAAAAGAUUUAACUGCCAAAUAAAAGAACCAAUUACCUACCCAGA